CAGAUAGGUAUUCACUUUUUUGAAUAGGUAUUUGUUUACCUAUACCUAGUACCCACACUUUACUUUUUUUUCUCAAAAAGCAAACCACAGCUACGAAAAGAAAAAAACAGCAUGUUUGUAUUAAAUUACAUGUUGGUUUGGUUUUAAGGUCAAAUGAACCGGGUUAUCAGCAAUUAUCACUUACCGGUAACUAUAGACAGGCUGACAUUAUUAUUGCUUGAUUACAAUAAUUAUUAUUGCUUUAUACGUUAAGUUCACUUGAAAUGAUAAGCGCAAGUUUAUUCAAACAUAUUUCUUAAAUCAUUAUUUAAAUAUAAAUUUGACGAGAUGUGGGUCUAUCGUGUUUGCGUCUUAUCAAUAUUUCAAUUACUGUAUGUACAGUGUUUCUUUAACCAAUAUCCGAAAUUAAAUCUCGACGUAAUAGAUGGUGGCGAUCCCGGAGAGCCACUCUUCCUUACACCGUACAUCGAGGGAGGUAACGCGACAGAAGGCCGGCGACUGGCUCGGGUACCGUUCACGGAGAGCUUGCGUAUCAAGAGUUACGCUGGAUAUUUCACCGUCGACAAAAAAUAUGAUUCUAACCAGUUUUUCUGGUACUUCCCUGCCAUGAUAUCCAACAAGAAAGACGCGCCAGUUAUUGUGUGGCUACAGGGUGGGCCGGGUGCUUCAUCUCUCUAUGGGCUUUUCACCGAAAAUGGUCCGAUCAGAGUGCGUAAGAAUAAGAUUGAAAGGAGAAAGUACAACUGGGCUUUGAGUCAUCACAUUAUAUACAUAGACAACCCUGUUGGUACGGGCUUCAGCUUCACAAAGGACCCAAAAGGUUAUUGUGUCAAUCAGACGCAAGUUGGAGAACAACUAUACUCCACCCUCAUCCAGUUCUUCCAGUUGUUCCCUGAACUGCAAGAAAAUAAAUUCUUUAUCACUGGAGAAUCUUAUGCUGGCAAGUAUGUCCCAGCGUUAGCAUACACAAUUUACAAGAAAAAUCCAACUGCCAAAAUAAAAAUCAACUUGAAAGCUUUGGCCAUUGGAAAUGGGCUCAGUGAUCCUGAGCAUCAGUUAGUCUACAGCAAAUACUUAUACCAAAUAGGGUUGAUUGAUUGGAAUCAAGCACAGACAUUUGCUGAUGCUGAAAGUAAAGCAAUUCAGUUGAUCAAACAGCAGAAAUGGGAUGAAGCAUUUGAAGCCUUUGACACAUUACUCAACGGUGACUUGAUUAAUGGAAAAAGUGUUUUCUACAAUAUGACCGGCUUUGAAUUUUAUUUCAACUAUUUGCAUACUAAAGACUACCAGCAGUUUGAAGACUUUGGUCCCAUGAUACAGACUAGCUCUGUUAGAAAGGCAAUUCAUGUUGGAAACUUAACUUUUAAUGUUGGCAAAGAGGUGGAGAACCAUUUGAAACAAGAUGUUAUGAAGUCAGUUGCACCAUGGGUAGCAGAACUUUUGGAUCAUUAUUAUGUUCUGAUCUACAAUGGACAGUUGGACAUAAUUGUUGCAUAUCCUCUAACACUUAAUUAUUUGAGAAAUCUUAACUUUACUGGGUCAAGUCAGUAUCUGACAUCCAAGAGGUAUCAGUGGUAUGUAGAUGGUGAGCUAGCAGGGUACGUAAAACAGGGUGGGAAGUUGGUUGAGAUCAUGGUGAGGAAUGCUGGUCACAUGGUUCCUGGAGACCAACCCAAGUGGGCCCUAGAUAUGAUUACAAGAUUGACUCAUGAAAAGACCUUUACACACAAAAAGAGGCACCAUUUUUGAUUGGGUCAAUUCAAGGAAAGUGGAAAAAGUUUUUCUAUUGUAUUCUUUAUAAAAGUUCUAAAGUAAGUCUAUGAGUCUCAAUACAUGUAUAGGAUUAAGGUUAUUGUUUUUCACAUUAUCAAUAAUUGUGUAAAACACAAAAACAUUUUCCAGUUUAAUCAUUAUCAUAUGUUAUGAACUGAAUAAAUAAUGUACCUCCU